CAAGCUCACAAUGGCGGUAACUGUGCAGUAACCAUGGCAGCAACGUGCAUCUCUCACGGUCUUGGUGAAGCUGAAUGAAACAAGCGGUGGGCAGACAACGGAACCAAGUAAAAUAAAUGAAGUGUGGUUAAUACUUGUGCCCCCUGUCAGCCGUCGCUGCUGACAUGAUAGACGCGGAUGAAGUGGCCCGGCUGUGCUACGAGCGCUUCGGCCAGCUGGCCCGCAGAGGGAAGCCGGAGCCGGGCCGGGAGUGGACGCUGCUGGCGGCCGUGCUGCGAGUCUGCCGGGGCCCAGACCCGGACCCGGGUACAGGUACAGGUACAGGUACAGACCCAGCUGAGAAGGAGAUCGUUUCCAUGGGAACCGGGACUAAAUGUAUUGGAAAGACAGCUAUGAGUCCCAAUGGUGACGUUCUUAAUGACAGCCAUGCAGAAGUUAUAGCCAGAAGAGGUUGCAUAAGGUAUCUCAUCCAGGAGCUGCGAAGGGCUGUGAGCGGUCAGAGCAGCUCUGUGUUCUGUCCGUCUGCUCAGCGAGGAAAGUGGAAGCUUCGGCCCGGAGUUUCCUUCCUCCUCUUUACCAGCCACACUCCCUGUGGAGAUGCAUCCAUCAUCCCUAUGACCGACUUCCAGUCGCAGCCCUGCCCUCCUGUCACAUCUGUAAAGAGCAGUGAAGGGGCCGAUGGAGGAGGGAACCUGAAAAGGAAAGCUGAGGAACAAGGUGAAGGACACAAGUUGAAGUCGGCUCUUGUGGUGGACCGAGGGCCAGCAGAGUCGCCACAAAAAGACAUCGAACAGCCUGAAUCCUGGAACCCGGCGCGUAAUCUCCUGAAAACACCUUCUGAAGCCGCAUCGCGAGCUGAGGGACAGCCAGAGAUCACUUCCAGCAGCUGCACAGACACGAGUCAAGCGGAUGAUGCUGGGGAGCAUCCGCAGGUCCCGGACAUUCACAGAACGGGGGCCAAGUGUGUCCCAGGUGGCCCUGCUGACCUCCUCCUUCCUGGGAUGGGGUACCACAAUACUGGGGCCCUCCGGGUGAAGCCGGGCCGAGGAGAACCCACCCUGUCCCUCUCGUGCAGUGACAAACUGGCCCGGUGGGGGGUGCUGGGCUUCCAGGGAGCGCUGCUGUCCCAUUACCUGGAAGAGGGCCUGUACUUCAGCACCGUGGUGGUGGGGCAGUGUCCCUGCAGCCAGGAGGUCAUACACAGAGCUCUAGUUUCAAGGUGUUUUCAUGUCUCCAACCUCCCUGCUGGUUUCUCUCUCUGUUCACCGGUGCUGCUGCAGUCCAGCCUGGAGUUCCCUUUCAGCCAAACGCAGACCAAGCUCCAACACCACGCGUCUCAGGGCCGCAUCUCUCCCUGUGGAGCAGCCAUCAGCUGGUGUAAUGUGGCCGAGCAGCCACUAGAUGUCACUGCCAACGGCUACAAACACGGAGUCACCAAGCGGGACCUGGGCACACCCAAAGCCAGGUCUCUCCUGUGUAAACUGGAGCUUUUUCAUUCCUUCCUGUCUCUGGUGGCGGCCACGGAGCCCUCGGCGCUCCCCGACUCGCUCAGGACAGUGGACCUGCACUCUUACUGGGACUACAAGCAGGCCUCCCAGUCGUACCAGCGGGCCUGGCAUCAGCUCCGCAGUCAGGCCUUUCCUCUGUGGCCACGCGGCGACAGAAAACUCCUCCUCUUUCACUGAAAAUCCGCUCUGCGGCAGGAAUGUCCUUGUGGAGCCUGAUUAAAUGCAGCCUUUGUUGGAGCUAAAACCCAGAGGUCACAUGCUGAAAUAACCACUGACCUGCAAGUAUCGUCUCUCUCUCCUUAAAUUGUGAUUCUGUCAGAACUCAUUUCAGUGUGUCCGGACUCUUAAUAAAACAGCCCGUGUGUUUGCUCUGAUUUCCCUU